UCCCCCUUGUAGUCCUCCUGCUUGCCGGCAGCUGCGGGUCCGGGCCCCGGGGGAUCGAGGAUGGAUCUGGGAGAGACGAUCAGGAUUGUAUUCGCUCCCCGAUGUACAAAGCCUGGGCUUUGACUUCUCAGCAGCCCUUAACCUUCCAGCUAUGGGAGAUCAAGUGUGUGUUCUGUGGCUCUCCUCUCUACUAAAAAUAAUGAUUCUCAGCUCUGCAGUGUGCGUGUACUAGCUGCCUCCAGGCCAACUACACGUGUGAGACAGAUGGGGCCUGCAUGGUUUCCAUUUUCAACCUGGAUGGGAUGGAGCACCACGUGCGCACCUGCAUCCCCAAAGUGGAGCUGGUCCCCGCCGGGAAGCCCUUCUACUGUCUGAGCUCCGAGGAUCUCCGCAACACCCACUGCUGCUAUACUGACUUCUGCAACAAGAUUGACCUGAGGGUGCCCAGUGGUCAUCUCAAGGAGUCUGAGCACCCUUCCAUGUGGGGCCCCGUGGAGCUGGUAGGCAUUAUUGCUGGCCCAGUGUUCCUCCUGUUUCUCAUCAUCAUCAUUGUUUUCCUUGUCAUUAACUAUCAUCAGCGUGUCUAUCACAACCGCCAGAGACUGGACAUGGAAGAUCCCUCAUGUGAGAUGUGUCUCUCCAAAGACAAGACGCUCCAGGAUCUUGUCUACGAUCUCUCCACAUCGGGGUCUGGCUCAGGGUUGCCCCUUUUUGUCCAGCGCACAGUGGCCCGAACCAUCGUUUUGCAGGAGAUUAUUGGCAAGGGCCGGUUUGGGGAAGUGUGGCGUGGCCGCUGGAGGGGUGGGGACGUGGCUGUGAAGAUUUUCUCUUCUCGUGAAGAACGGUCUUGGUUCCGGGAAGCAGAGAUAUACCAGACAGUCAUGCUGCGCCACGAGAACAUCCUUGGAUUUAUUGCUGCUGACAAUAAAGAUAAUGGCACCUGGACACAGCUGUGGCUCGUCUCAGACUACCAUGAGCAUGGCUCCCUGUUUGAUUAUCUUAACCGAUACACGGUGACAAUCGAGGGGAUGAUUAAGCUGGCCUUGUCUGCGGCUAGCGGGCUAGCACACCUGCACAUGGAGAUUGUAGGUACCCAAGGGAAGCCUGGAAUUGCUCAUCGAGACUUAAAAUCAAAGAACAUCCUGGUGAAAAAAAAUGGCAUGUGCGCCAUUGCAGACCUGGGCCUGGCUGUCCGCCAUGAUGCGGUCACGGACACCAUCGACAUCGCCCCAAAUCAGAGGGUGGGGACCAAGCGAUACAUGGCCCCCGAAGUGCUCGAUGAAACCAUAAACAUGAAGCACUUCGACUCCUUCAAAUGUGCUGAUAUCUAUGCCCUCGGGCUUGUAUACUGGGAGAUUGCUCGAAGAUGCAAUUCCGGAGGAGUCCAUGAAGAAUAUCAGCUGCCAUAUUAUGACUUAGUGCCCUCUGACCCUUCCAUUGAGGAAAUGCGAAAGGUCGUAUGUGACCAGAAGCUACGUCCCAACAUCCCCAACUGGUGGCAGAGUUAUGAGGCGCUCCGGGUGAUGGGGAAGAUGAUGCGGGAGUGUUGGUACGCCAACGGUGCGGCCCGGCUCACCGCUCUGCGCAUUAAGAAGACCCUCUCACAGCUCAGCGUGCAGGAAGAUGUGAAGAUCUAAGCCUCUCCCUCCCUUGCACGCAGCCCCGGGCGGCAGGAACUACACACAGAGCUGCCCUGUUGAGCGUACGAUGGAGGCCUACCUCUCGUUUCUGCCCAGCCCUCUGUGGCCAGGAGCCCUGGCCCGAGAGAGGGACCGAGCCCGGGAGACUCCCUCACUCCCAUGUUGGGUUUGAGACACAGACACCUUUUAUAUUUACCUCCUGACGGCAUGGAGACCCUGAGAGCCAACGGUGUGGAGAACUCGAUGCCACAACUCGAACUGGCUGUGGUGGGAAGUCCCGCAGAGCCCGGGGCACCUGGCGGGCGGCCGGGAGUACCCAGGAGAAGCCGAGUGUCGCCAGUGCCCAGCAGCACUGAGGGUUUUCCUCCGGGGACCAGCCAACCCCAGCACUCCGAGGUGGCCCAGAGGCACCGCAAAGUACCGCCCCCUCUCACAGGCAGCUCUGGACCCGGGGCUCCCCUCCUCCCUCCCGCGGACAUUUGGAGGGACCGCCAGUGGGGACAGGGUCUGCCGCCUGUCUGUCCAGCCGUGUGUGUGUGUGUGUGUGUGUGUGUGUGUGCGCGCGCGCGCGCGCGCGCGCACGCGCAUGUGCCGAGGUGCGUCCCCUGUUGUGCCUGGUCCGUGCCACGCCCUUACACAGGUGUGUGUGUAUGUGUGUGUCUGUAGGUGCGCACUUACCUGCUUGAGCUUUCUGUGCAUGUGCAGGUCGGGGGUGUGGUUGUCAUGCCGUCUGUGUGCUGGUGCCUCUGUUCUGUAGUGAGCAGCAUCCAGUUUCCCUGGUGCCCUUCCCAGAGGUCUCUCUCCCGGCCAUGAACCCCAGAACCCCCAUGCCACAGUGGGGCUCCCUGCCCAGCAGGCUGCUCCGCCCACCCCUGUGUCAACACCUCCAUUUCAGACUGUGGAACCAAAGCUGGCCCAGUUGUCCAUGUCAGGCGAGGCUUUUGGGUCCAAAUGUGAGGCGGGGGUGGGGGAGGGGCUGGGCGGAGAAAGAAUCUUGGCAGAAGCCUCGGGUGUUGUGGUCAGUGGCAACCAUGGGAAAUGAGCCAGCCCAAGGGCAUCGUCCUCAACGGCAUCAAGGAAGGGCCAAGGGAUUUGAAG